AUGUUCGAGUCCUUCCGUUUCUUCGUUCCCCGCGAUGGCCACGACAACGGGUCGGCAAAGGAUGGAGGAAGCGAGUCCUAUCUUUUCCGUCCCCAGCUCGGCUACGGCUUGAAGUGCGAGGAGAAGCACGAGAAUUGGAAGGUGGUGCCCUACUCCCCUUGGAUCACCCCGAUCCGAGGAAGCAUCUAUCCCGUCACCCAACCCCAUUGGCCCCCCGCCCCUCCAAGGAACGGUGACAAUAAUUACUGUGCCUGGCCCAAGGCCGAUACUAUGCUCUAUAUACCUCUCGCCAUGUUUUGGGUCGAUGCCUUUUUCACGGGCGGCUGCAUUUGGCCCGUUUGGUGGAACAUUGGAAUCCUGAAGGAGGCUCGAGGAGGAUUUGCUUGA